AUGAAGUUGGCGUUGAUGACGUUAGCCGCGGCGUUGACCUCCAUGGUCUCCGCCGCCGACCAAAUCAAAUGCUCAGAACUGUCUCCUUGUCCCGAGGAUCAACCUUGCUGCUCGCAAUUUGGCGUUUGUGGUACCGGGGCCUACUGCUUGGGCGGGUGCAACCCCAUGUGGUCGUACAACAUUCUGGCGUGUAUGCCUCAGCCGGUGAUGUCUUCGUUCAAGACUGAAUUCACUGACAUCGGCCAAGUUAAGAACCAAUACACUUACCUCGGUAACUCCCUGGAGAUCGACUGGUUGAUCUCGGGUAAUGCUACCAUCGACGACGGUGCCCUUCAAAUCCAGAUGCCCGCCAACUCGGUGGGGGCGGUGGUCUCGUCCACCAAGUACUUCUGGUAUGGUAACGUCAAGGUCAACAUGAAGACCUCGCGUGGUGCUGGUGUGGUGCUGGCUUUCAUCGUGUUCUCGGAUGUCCAAGACGAAAUCGAUUUCGAAAUGGUCGGUUCGGACUUGACCGGCCCCCAAUCUAACUACUACUACCACGCCGAACUCGAUUAUAAGAACGCUAAGCGUGCUGACGUGUCGGACACUUUCGAAAACUACCACGAAUACCAGAUUGACUGGCAAGAAAACGAAAUUAAUUGGUACAUCGACGGCAACCUUGUGCGUACCUUGAAGAAGGAAGACACCUUAAAGGAAGACGGUAAGUACCACUUCCCUCAAACUCCUUCGAGAGUUCAAUUUUCGCUUUGGCCCGGUGGUGAUGCUUCGCAAGGUCAAGGUACUAUCGAAUGGGCCGGUGGUCCCAUUGACUGGAACCUGCAAGACAUUCAAGACAAGGGUUACUACUACGCUUAUGUGAAGGACGUUGAUGUCCAGUGUAACGACUUGCCCUCUGAUUUGAAGAGAGUUGGCUCGGGCUCAGGUGACUACAACGCCUUCAUUUACACUGACAAGGCCGGUACCUCCAACGAUGUUGCUUUGACCAACGCUAAGACUUGGAUCGGUCAAUGGAACUCUACUGGGUUGAACCCUGAGAACGAAGAGAAGUCGUCGUCGUCGUCGUCGUCGUCUUCCUCCUCGAAGUCCAAGUCCUCUUCCUCGUCGUCUUCGUCAGCCUCCGCUAGCUCGUCUCUGGCCUCUGAAUCCUCGUCGUCGAAGUCUGACGACAAGUCGUCCUCAUCGAAGGAUGACAAGUCCUCCACCAAGUCUGAUGACAAGUCUUCGUCUAAGUCUGACGACAAGUCCUCGUCUAAGACCGACGACAACAAGUCUUCGCAACUGAAGACCGAAGACUCCAAGACUUCUGCUACUGUUAACGUCCCUCAAGGGAACCGUCCUGGCGCCGGCGGCUCGCAAGUGCUGCAAACUGCUGGUAACCAAGGCUCGGGUAACAACAACCAAGGUGGUUCUGGCUCUGAAGCUACUACCACCCGUGCUUCUGGUGGUGGUUUCAACCAAGGCAACAACCCCGGCUCGUCGUCGGCUUCAGCUUCGGGUAAAGCUUCUGCCGAUGCUCGGACGCUGAACCAAGCCGCGGCUACGCUGAACGGUUUCUUGGCUGUGGUUGGUGCGGUGUUAAUGGGGGCUUUGUCGGUGGUCAUGUAA